GACCAUGAUCAUUGUUAUGAUAAUUGCCAAACUGACGCACCAUAUUUUUAAGAAUCAUGUGAAUUUGAUCAAUUUUUGAACACAGAAUAAAAAGUCAUGGCUAACGAAUCAACAACUGCAGCUAUUACUGCACAAACGGAAUCCACAGCUGACGAGCUACACUAUCAAAGCCUUGUGAUUGGCUGUGUUCUGGCAAUAUGUGGGAACCUCCUGAUUUCUGUAUCCCUCAACCUUCAGAAAUACACCCACAUGAAAAAUGAAGAGCUUGAGGUAAAGAUUCACUAUACCCGCAACCCUCUGUGGUGGGCAGGCGUGUCUAUGAUGAUAAUUGGGGAGGUCGGGAACUUCUCCGCGUAUGGUUACGCUCCUGCCUCGCUCGUUGCUCCGUUAGGGACCACCACCGUUAUAGCCAACAUGUUCCUGGCAGCGAUAUUUUUAAAAGAAAAGAUAGGACCAGAAAAUUUAUUUGGUUCUGCCCUUGCUGUGGUCGGGGCCAUCUUGGUUGUUGGAUUUGCCCCAAAGAAAGAGAAGAUUCUCGAUGGAGCAUUGUUACAAACACAUUUGAAAAACAUAGGAUUUAUAGUUUAUACAUGUGUAGAGCUUGCAGCCUUGACGGGCCUUUUAAUACUGCUACAUCUCUAUAAAAUGACGAGGGUUGUCAUUUAUCUAUCUAUUGUCGCCAUUAUAGCUUCAUUUUCGGUGAUAUCUGCUAAGGCUGUUUCAAGCAUGAUCCAGCUAACGUUUGCGGGCGACUCGCAGUUGAAGUACUGGUCCCUUUACAUUAUGAUCUUUAUCAUGUUUUCAACAGCAAUACUGCAAGUCAAAUAUUUAAAUGCAGCAAUGAAAAAGUUUGAGUCCACUAUCGUGGUGCCGACAAACUUUGUCUUCUUUACCAUCAGCGCGAUCAUUGCUGGAAUUGUGUUCUACAGGGAGUUCUGGGGAAUGACAGCAUUAGAAAUAUUCAUGUUCCUGUUCGGAUGCUGCCUCUCAUUUGUUGGUGUGUAUUUUAUCGUGGCGGGUCGAAAAAUCCCUGCUGCAAUUGUCGAAGCCACACAUGCAACGCCAGGGGAACCCCCUGUGUCUAUAGCUUCCAAGAUUUUUCCAGCCUGGUUGUUAGCCACUAUGAACGUUGGCAAGGUUCAGCCAUCCGGUUACGUGAGCCACAUCUCGGAUGAGCAGGACGAAUCCCGGCGGCCGUUUGUUGCCGCUGAUGGCGCGGAUUCCGACUCAUCCCAGGAUACUUUGUACACAACAUACAAACCUGAAGCCAAUGGAAUUAAUGGCAAUAUGAACUAUGGGACUGAUGAGCAAUGACUAUAGGGUGAAGGUUUUUGAAAGGUUACAUUCAACUAAAAUUUUUGGUGGUGAUGAAUCUGAUGAUGGUAGUUUUAGAAGGGUUUUUGAUUGUCUUCAAUCAAUGUGGAUGUGAGAAACAGUAUUGUGAUUUGUUGUACUGUUUUCAAAUGCAUGUUAUUGUUUUGCUGUUGAUAUUAUAGUUAUCUAUCAAUGUUUUGUUUACGAAAUAUGUUAUACUUAUGUCAAGGUCCAAAUGGCCAACUUAUUUGCAUUUUUACUUAAAUUUGAAUGUUGUGGCUUUGUUUACUUAAGGUUAUACAAGAUACAAUUGUAAAGAUAUGUUACUGAAUUUUACUUACUUAAUUUUUAAGCAUAAUAAGAUUUCAUAUAUAAAACAAAUUCUGAUUGCAUUCCAACAAUUAUACUUUAUUACAAUGUACAAUUAAAUAUUCAAUCAGACAGAGGGAAAUGUUGGUCUUACUGCCAUGACCUGUAAAUUCUACUAGGUCCUUGUAAAAUUCCUAUGGGUUCGUUCCGUCUCACCGACAUAAAAUGCCAAACUUUGAUAAAAAAAAAAAAUCUGGCUUUUUUGUAGGGGUAAUUAAAUUAGACGCACCAUUUUGCACCUUAAUUGUACUUGCGUUUUUUUCAUAGUACAGUGGAAACUCACUAAACCGGAUCUCCACAAAACCGGAAUCCUCGGGAUACCGGACAUUUUUCAGAGUCCCGGUUUUUCCCUUCUAUUUUCAAUGUAAAAAAUCCCUACAAAACCGGAACCCCGGAAUUCCGGAUAUCGGACAAAAAAUCAUGAAAAUUUGUUAGUUGUCACUGUAAUUUUACCUCACAAAACCGGACGUUUAUUUGUUCAAACAUGUCAAAAUAAUUUUGUGUAUUAGGAAUUCGCGAAUCGCGUAUCACUUUGUUUUGGUAGCCGGUGCGUUGUUAAAUAUUACACCUGUGAUGUUGUGUUAACUCGAUAAUCGAUAAUGAUGGUUGCGCUGUGGAUUGACUGUCGCGCGAUAAUCAAACUUGUGAAAAGAAAAUUGAUUGAAACAUUAAUUUGUUUGUUGCAGAAAAUAAAGAACUAGAAACUGUUAUUUAGUGAUCAUUUUGGAGGGUUGUUUUAUCUAAAGAUUUCUAUGAUUGAAUCAAAUUAGAUCGGUGCGUUAAUUAAACUAUCAAACAUACUAAACAAGCAUUAAAUUACGCGAGUUGUUUUAUUUCAAGACUUGGAGAAAAGAUGAUUAUAAAAACGCAGAAAUGUUAAAUUAUGCUUAACACUUUUGCAAGUGCUUUAAUCAUGUCUCAACCUCCAUCUAAACGUCGGAGAAUUGAACUGUCCCUAGAGGACAAAAGCCUUUAAAGGUUAACUCAGUUAAUAUUUUGAGUAAACUUACUCCGUACAUCAAAUCCUCACUUAACCGGAAUCCUCACUAAACCGGAAAUUUUGCCCAGUCCGGACCUUGUCCGGUUUAGUGAGUUUCCACUGUACUAUUAUAAUUGUUUUUUGAAGGAAAAUUACUUAGUGUUUUAAACGAAAAUGAAAAACAUAUUGAAUAGAUUAUUUCAUCUGAAUCUACGAACAAUUUACAACGUUAAAUGAAAUUUUUAAAAAAUGGUGUAAUAGGUGUCAAGUGUGUUUUGUACUCAAAUUACUUUGCGCUAAAACAUUCUGAAUCAAGCCUUGAAUGCAUUACUAAAAAUAUGGACACAGAAGCAAUAUUUCACAAUAUUUUUUUUUCUAUCUUCAUUAAUAGAUUUUACCGAUUUGAAAUGGAGAAAAAAUAUUUUUAUCUUGAAAACGUUCCAGUUCUGUAAUAGUUUUGUGAAUUCAUUGUUACUGCACAUUUGGACAUUUUGUUAAUCUUUUUGGGUUUUAAAUCUGUUAGUUUUAAAUGGCAUAUAUUUUUUUGGAAUGACAAAAUUUUAGAUGCUGUAAGACCACAUGACUGACACCUUUCCCGAACUUUCAUGAUGUCUACAAUUACAUGCACUUAAUUAUUCAGAUGUUUUGUUUUGUUUUUGUUUGGUCGAAUACCUUGUGAUAUAUGUAUAUAUAUAGUUAAUAUAAAAUUAUGUAAAUAGUGAAUUAUUCAUUUGAGAAAUAGGUCUGGACGGUAUAGCAUACAUGUAUAUAAUUAUAUUAUAAUUAUCAAAUUGGAGUUUAAAAUGUUAUGUUUGUUAAACAUAUGUUACUGAUAUUAUGCAGCAUGUUUUGAUGGGAAAACAUUUUAUAGAACUGGCAUCAAUUGAACAUAAAAAAGCUUAGUUAGAACUGGCAACAAUUGAACAUUAAAAAGCAUAGCUAGUAAACAAUAACUCCAGACUUGCUGCUUCAUUUACAUGGAAACACCUGGGAUCCGUUUCAUCAAGAAUACAAGUAGCAAUUUUGUAAUAUUCAAAAUUUAUUCCACAAACUGAAUAACUCAACCGAUUCUUGGAUGAAGCAAAUGGAUAAUAAUAUAGAUAGGCAGCGUUUAAUAUGGAUGUGAUAUGUGGAAGAAUUGUUGAUACUGUUGAUAAUUGUUGUCAGGGCUGUGAGCAGGAUUUUGUGAAAAAGAGGAAUAGAACGCCAGAGGUCUAUCAUGGUAAACAACUAGUUUAUUGAAAUCUUGUGACUGCCCAUUUGCUAAUUUCAUCUGCAAUGAAAGCAGGAGGUACUUGCAUUGACAGAACCUUAUACAUUUUUGCCAAUCAUUAUAACCUUAUAAUGUUCCCUACAUACACCAAAUGUUCUCUGUGAAUUAUUAUUAAUUCCAAAAUGGUCGUACUGUGUUAGUAAUGAUACCAUUUAUUAUUUAAGGUCAAUUGACGUCAGCUAUAUCUUUGUUAUUAUUUUAUAUUUUCUUAAUCUGUUAAGAGAUAUGUAAAUUUCUUGUUUUUCAUCACCUGUUAAAAGCAUUAAAUAACCUUUGAUGAAAGGAAAAUUGAAAUAUAAGACUUCCAUUUGUAAACUUUAUUUAUUGUUAAAAUAUGUUAUUAUUGAAAUGUGUCUUAAUUGUAUGCAUGUAAGAGAAUAUAUAAUAUAUCAGACACAGUGUUACAGAAAACUUAAAGUGAAAUGUUGCAGAUAAUAUUGAUUUUCAUGUUAUGUAAUUUAUGUCAAUAUUCCAUCAGAUGUUUGGGCAAAUGCAUGUGUAUGCUGUUUUUUGCAUGCUGUAAUAAACAUUGUUUGUCAUA